CCCCCUUUUUUCCAUUCCCGCUCGGCUUCCCCCCCUUCCCAUGUCUUGAACCAAAAUCCUCAAUCUGAAAAACCAAAAAUCCCCUUCAACCAAAAAUCCCUAAUUCUUACGGCUCCGCCGAAUUCGAGAAGAUCUGACUAAGAGGGUAUCCAGGCUCCAAGCUGUGGAGAUCGAAGCCAUGGCCGUUUGCCACUCAUUUUCCACGAUUGAACUAACGGUUGUAGCCACGACUGCUGCCGGCGAGUGAGGAAGAGAAGAGAUGAGAGGCGAGCGUUUAGAGAUGGAGGUGCAAGAAGAAAGUGAAGAAAAGGUGUGUAGCUUUGCAAACUUGUUUUUUUUUUUGGAAUUGGAGAGGCGAAAUAGACAGCUUUGCAAAGUCGUCUCCCAGACGAUAUUGCCCUCAAAAUCGCCUCUUCCCUUCAGCUAUCAGAUGUGUUCGUUGGGUAGUUGCUCGUGGUUUUGGCGCGAGCUGUGUGGGUCGGAUUGUGUGUGGGAGUCUCUGUACAGAGACAUAUGGCCAGCCCUUGAUUUGGGCAGAGACUCUUCUUCAGCUCCACAGAUCAAAACCCAUCAGCUUGACCCACAAAUUCAGUCCUCCUCCAUG